AAACGCCUGGUGUGACUAUCCCUCAUCAGUGGGUUCACUUAAUACACAUUGGAACUGAGUCGAUGUCGUCCACAAUCUUGAACCCUAAGUCGAUCAUUUUAUACUGUUGGGUCAUUCUAUGAUGGUUCGUGUAUGUUUAGAGCGAGUUUUAAACUCAUCAAUUGCUAUUUUUCGAGAGGGCGGUCUUCAUGGUUGGAUUGCUGUGUUUGGUUUAUUUACGGCCAAGAUAGCCUGGUCUGUUUUGGUCAAAGGUAUGGGUAUGAUGUUACCUACACUACAAGAACAGUUCGACACUUCGACUUGGUUAAUUGGCUGGAUGGUUGCUUUUGUAAGCGCGGGUUUUGAGAUAUUAGGCAUCCUAGCAACGCCACUAAAUGAGAGAAUUGGCGCCAGGACUGUGGUGACAGUGAGUGGAUUGGUUGCUGGUAUCUCCAUGAUAACUGUGUCAUUCCAAUCCUGUUUAUAUGCAAUCACCUUCAUCCUCACCAUGUUUUCUUUAACAAGUUUGCUCCUUCUGAACAGGUGUCUUAUAGCUACGCCUCUAAAGGAGAGAUUUGGCGCCAGGACUGUGGUGACAGUGAGUGGAUUAGUUGCUGGUGUCUCCAUGAUAACUGCGUCACUCCUAUCUAGUGUUUACGUCAUGACCUUCAUCCUUACCGUAUUUACAGGAUCAGCGUUAGGCAUAUCAUUCGUGGUAACGAAGCAUCUGAUAGGAAGCUAUUUUAGUAAAUCUAUCACAACAGCCUAUGGCGUGGCAGGCCUAGGGGACCCUGUCGCCUUCCUGACCGUUGUGCCAUCGAUACAGCUCUUCCUGGAUACCUACGGCUGGAGGGGAACAAUGCUACUACUUUGAGCAUUAUUAUUACAUCUCGCUGUCGUUGGAGCUCUGUUGAAACCACCUGCAGCUAGUAGGAGUCAAGAUGGUUAUAAGGCAGCUCUCACAGACGAGGAGCAAGAGACCGGAAAAGACAAAUUGGCACCGAGAAACCGAUGUGGUUGUUCUUGUUUUAACUCCCCGUACUCAUUUGCUAGAGAUACGUUCCAGAUUGGGUUAUUCACCUCCGUAUCAUUCUGGUUGGUUGUGGCCUUAUACUCUGGUUGGCAUAUGAUCUACUCUGGAUGGGUAAUAUACUAUGUACAGUACACCACAAUGUCUAAACGAUUCACGCUGGAAGACGCAUCACAAUUUCUUUUCGCUUUUGGAAUCGGGAGACUAACAGGUUGCUUUGCGAUUGGCCCGUUAGUCCAAUCUGUGCAGGUUGUCAGCACACACGUUUGGCUUGCUGGUGCUCUGCUUUUGGUUGCAGUUUACUAUGCUGUUGAUCCAUGGUUGACGUCUUAUUUGUCGAUUAUUGUUAAUGCUUUCGUGUUUGGGAACGCCGUAUCAACGGUUUCUACACUUUCAGAUGUAGUAGUUAAAGAGACAUUCGAUAAAGAACAGAUGGGCCACGUACUGGGAUGGUUGGGAGUCGCGUCAGGUUCGGCAUCACUUCUGCUCUUGUAUUUGCCAGGAUUGAUUUACGACUUAACCGGAGACUUCAGCGUGGCCUUCAGUAUAAUGGCUGGUGUACAAUCACUGACUGUUGUUGCUGUACUGCGGUUAUACUGGAAGCAGAAACACGCUCGAAGUUCAUCAGAUUCAUCCCUUUGAAGAAGUUUAUCUGCAUUACCAUGGGAACAGGUGUAAACAAUAAUACUAAUAAAAACAAUAUUAUUUUGUUUUUAUAUGGCGCCUUAUACACAAUGUAUU